UGUCCGUACUGUGUGUGCAGAAUUGUGCAGAGCUGUGCAGAGAUAGCUCAGGUUUGUGGGAGAUUAUUAGGCUAACAGUCAACGAUACCAAAUUCUUUAGUAGACUACCACCUAGCGUCGCUCAUUUGUGUGAUACAUCAUUAUAAAAUUAACCAUUUAAUGUAUUGAUCUGCCUUGACUUACUGGGCAGGGUGCUUGGGGACGUCAACUCGGAAAAGACGAAAAGGACUAAGAAUGGUCUUGCGCUAUGUGGGUAGACACCUCCUCACCAAUGCCCACAAUGCACUGGGAAUGCCCAGCCGAAGAGGAGGGGCUGUGUAUGGCAGUGCCUACGCUGUCCAGCAGGAGGAGAUUCGGCAAAAGCUGCAGGGAUUCCCCGGGGGGUCGAUCAACUUGGUGAAGCAAGAGUCUGGGAUCGGCGUUAUGACUAUUAGCAACCCAGCUCGUAUGAAUGCUUUCUCAGGAACCAUGAUGCUGGAGCUGCAGGAUCGGGUGUCCGAGCUGGAGGAGUGGACGGAGGGGAAGGGCCUCAUUGUCCGUGGGGACGCUGGAACCUUCUGCUCCGGUUCGGAUCUGAAAGCUGUCCAGGCUAUAUCUGACCCCCAGGAGGGGAUGAAGAUGUGCAUGUUCAUGCAGAAUGUGUUGACCAGGCUGCUCAGACUGCCCCUUAUCUCUGUUGCACUAGUGGAGGGAAUGGCUUUAGGGGGCGGAGCUGAGCUCACUACCUCCUGUGACUUCAGGUUGAUGACAGUUGGCAGUGAGAUCCGGUUUGUACACAAGCACAUGGGCCUGGUGCCUGGCUGGGGCGGGGCCGCCAGGUUGGUGCGGAUCGUGGGCAGCCAGAACGCCCUGAAGCUGCUGGCCGGUGCCCAGAAGGUAGACCCGGCCUACGGCCAACGGAUCGGGCUGUCAGACGGGACGGUGGGCCCCCGGGAUGGGGAGCAUGCGGGGGCGGGGGGGGCUCUGGGGGAGGCUGAGCAGUGGCUGAACACCUUCACCAGAGGCUCUGCGUCUGUGAUACAGGCAGCGAAGAAGGUGGUGCUCUCUGGAAGAGAGCUUCCCCUGGAGGACGCCCUGAGGACUGAGAGAGACGUGUUUGGGACCGUCUGGGGUGGGCCUGCAAACCUUGAGGCCUUGGCUCACAAGCCCAAACACAAGUGACCCUGAGCCCCUCUGUCCCAUCCCUGCCCCACCCCUGUCCCAAUGCAUUUUAACUGAUAGCCAAUACAUGCAUUACAGGCUAGUUUCAGCAUAUUGAGGUAAUUGCAUGUUAACAAAUUGGUUCUGUUGCGGACAAAUGUCUACCAUCACAUAGAUGGGUUGACAAUGAACUACAGUUGAACCUGGUGUGGCAUGUCCUCAUUUCCAGUCCCUUUCAUCCCUUUUAUUGUUAUUUUAGCUGCAGUUUCACUUUACGUUCUAUAUAUUUACAGUAAAUGAACCCUGGUGAUGUCAGAAUCAGGUUUGUAUCACCAUUUUGUCUGCUCAUUUGAUGAACAAGGCUGAAACCUGUAUUUCAAGAUUCCGCAAAGUGCCUUUAUGUAUACUCAAACUGUUGACUGGAGCAUAUAUACAACGGUUGCUGUGCCCGAGGUGCUUGCCAGAAUUGAUUUUCCCCUGUAGUGAAGUGAGGCUCUGACACUAUACUAUAAACAAGGUACACUAUCCAAACUACUCAAAGAGUGACUACAGGUUGCACACUAGGUUAAAAUUGUCAAAAUUGCCAAAAGCCAUACCAGCCUUCACUCUUCUCAUAGUGCUAAAGCAAAGCAGUUGCGGGCUUUGAGGAAAACUGUGUUGCUCCUGGGAGAGGUAUUUGUGGGCCAAUAGGGGAAAUUCUUGCUAGCAUAGUGAUGGGCCUACACUACCCCUUGUAUUCCCACCCAGUUUGAUUCCCCAAAAGAGAAUUCAGUUGGCCUUCUUGGUUAAAUAAUUUAAAAAAAAACUCUCUUGUCAGGUAAGGGCAUCCAAUAAAAUAAGUGAAAUUAUGUAUUGAAA